UUGUAGACUCGGGCACUCUGAAUAACUUGAGAAAAUCAGAAGAGGAUAGCUAUCUUACAACCACAUGAAUGAUGGAAGGUGUGAUCGAGGACCUAGAAAACACAGAGACAAUCACGAUCAGUCUCGAGGAUGCUGCCCAAAUUAUUCUCCAGGAACAGGGUAUCCCAAUGGAUGGAUCAGGUACUGUACACAUUCCUCCAGGUACUUACCAUAUCCUCACCCAGGAUGGGGCGCAGAUCUCCACAGAUGGCACACUUGUAUCAGAGGGAGGGGCUAUGGAUGCUGUCGGUAUAACUGUCAUACAGUCUGGUGAUGACAUUGUUGGAUAUGGGACAGAGACAUCUGUUUCUGAUGAGCUGGUCUCUGGAAACGAUGCAAUACAGGUACAAGCAAUGGAAAAUGGCAAUGAUAUGGAACAACAGAGUGGCACCAUUCAGUUGAUUAACAUCCAGCAGUCAGACACAGAAGGUGGACAACAAGUGUACCAGGUGUAUAAUGAGGGACAACAAACUGUAACAACAGAGACCCAAAUUUUACACCCAUCAGCCAUUGUCACACAGGCUUUGCAGUCUGGGGCAAACUUAUUACAAUCAACUUCAAAUGUGACACACACCUCUGAAGUACUGCAAACUGAGGCAAACCUGUUACAACCAUCAUCAAUUGUCACACAGGCAUUGUCAUCUGAGGCGAACCUAUUACAGCCGACCUCGAACCUCACUCAAACACAAGUUCUACAGUCUGAGACAGACCUGUUACAACCAUCAUCGAUUGUCACACAGGCUGAAAUACUGCAGACAGAGGCAGAUCCAUUACAAACAUCAGUUGUGACACAUGCCCAAAUACUGCAGACAGAAUCAGACCCAUCCCAAACAACAUCCAUUAUGACACAGUCCCAAGUUCUGCAUGCAGACACAGAGCUGUUGGAGUCAUCAACACUUGUCACAGAGGCUCAAAGACAUGUGAUCGUAACUGAAACCCAAAUUCUUGCUCAAGAUGUAAAAUCAACUCUGCAGUCUGAUGAGUCCAAUAAAGUGCCUGGUCAGAUUUCUUUGUUACAACAGCCACAAGUCCUUGAAAAUUUGGAAAAAGGUAGUAAUGAUCCAAUCAACAAAGCUAUUGAAGAACCACAAAGAACACAAACUGUUCAGAUAUCCAUGGUCCCAGAAGGGUCAGGAGUUACUCAGAACCCAGAUGUUUCUGAAAACACAGGGCAUGCUCAAUCUGCCAGUGUUUUUGGAGAACCUCUCCAAAGUGACAGCACAGAAACCACUCAGACUAACGUGGCAGAACCUAAAGAAGAGGGUAAACAACUUGAUCUGUCAAAGCCGAUUGCUGUGACAGACAGUACUGAGGUGGUGAUCAAUGGAAAGAAGUGUAUCUUAAUGGCAAACCCAACCACAGGGGAGCUGUGUGCUUACCCGGUGCUGCCGCCUCCAGGAAAGAAAAAGCGAGGACGUCCCCGUAAAGAACACCGACAGGACACACCAUCUGAUUCAUCCAAGGGGACAUUACCCCCAAUCAAAGCCAUGCCUCCCCAGGACAAGGAUCAAAACAGUGCUGCUGAGGGCUUGUUAGAACUAGGCAAUACAGAUCCUGAUGGGUUAAGAAGAAGUGGACGAGUAAGGAAGCAAGCUUCAUCAUUGAAUGACUAUGAGGUUCUAGAAUUAUCAAGUGAUUCUGGAGGGGAAGACGAGGAAAAUGAGAUGAAAAAGAGGAGAAUUGACGACAAAAACUAUGUGCCUCUAACACCUUACUUGGUGCCAAAUACAGGUGUUAAAAGAGGACGUGGACGCCCAAGGAGAUAUCCUCCUCCUGGCCAGUCCAGCUCCAACACACAGAUCCCAGCAGUCAUUAUUCCUGGAGCUAAUGGUCAAACCAUCAUGAUGGCCCCCAUACAGGGAUUGUCCAACCUUCAAGCUUUCCAGGAGCAGGUAAAAUCAUUGCCCAAUCUUGUGGCUCGUCCAGAAGAUGAAGGUGACACAGCCAACACAUCGCAAGAGGUCACGCUCAACGAGUCGGAUCUCUCUCUGGACACGGAAGUGAGUACCCUGGCUGACGUGGCUGCCUCAGCUGAAGCUGGAACAACAUUACCCAUAUCUUCAUCAGACACUACCAAUAAAACGGAAGGAGCUGAAGCAUCUGACCAUCAGACAAUCAUUCAAAUACCAGAAAACCUUCUGUCAAUGUUCAUACCCAAGAAAGAUCCUGUCAAAAUAGGUCUAAAGGCAUCAGAGAGUGAUCUUGAAAAGAUGAAGUGCCCCAAAUGUGAUUUCCAGGCAUACUAUCUUCAACAGUACCAGACGCACAUAGCAUCACAUACUGAUGAUGUCCACAAGUGUAAAUGUUGUCAGUACCUCACAUUCGACAUGAAUGAUCUCCUCGCUCAUUUUAAGGAAAAUCAUCCCAGAUGUAUUUGCACUGAGUGUGAGUUUAUGGCAGAACAUGCGUACAUCAUCAAGAGACAUAUGAUGCGACACAGUGCCAACGGCUGUACAUGCGACUUGUGUGGGAGGGUGUAUAAGGACCACUAUAUUCUGAAAAUGCAUAUCAAGAUGGUACAUAUGCCAGCUGAGAUCCUGUUUGAGUGCACUGUCUGCUCCAAGAAGUUCACAAGGAAGGCCCAUCUAAAGCGCCACCUAAGGAUUCAUGAGCCUGAAAAACCCUUCAAAUGUCCUCACUGUGAUUACAGGGGCUGUGAGAAAUCUGACAUUUCCAAGCACCUGUUGAUCCACGAGGAGCCUAAACAUUUGUGUGAAGUUUGUAACAAGGCAUUCAGACACAUGAAGAACAAAGAGCUGCACCUCAAAAGGCACAAUGGCCAACGAGACUACAAGUGUGGAGUGUGUGACUUCUAUGGGUAUACAUUUACAGACAUAAGGAAACACAUUGAACGCAAGCAUGCUGACAUCAAAACCCUGGUCUGUGAUAAAUGUGGAUCAGCCUUCAAAUCCGAGAGCAUCCUUAGGGAGCAUCAGAAACAACAGUGUGAAGUGUUCAUGAUUGAACAGGCCCUGGCCAUUGCCAAUUCUGGAGGAGGUACCAGCCAGGCUACAAUACAGAUUCCCUCGUCUUCCUUCACCGUCGACGGAUCACAGAUCCUCAUCGACGGCCAACAAAUAGUGACAGAAGGCGGGGAACCUGUCAAUAUUACAGUUAAACGCAUCUCAAUGCCAGAGGAGGAUGAGGAGAAUAUCACUCUAACAGAAGUGACUGAAGAACAGAUUCAAGGUACUCUGGAUGUGUCCCAAUUAUCAGUGUCCCAGGCCCAGGUGAUCACAGGUGCAGAAUUAGAUGGAGACUACAUUGAAGGCGUAGAGGAAAUCUCGAGGGAGGGCGAGGAAGAGAUUCCUGGGGAGGGGGAAAUCAACAUGGAAGAGCUAAGGGUUGGGGCUAUUACUGUAGACGGGGCACAAGUCAUUGAGGCUCAUGAAGUAGAGGGACUGGUUGAAAGUGAACUGGAGGAACCAACCAUGAAUAUUUCACAAGAGGAGGAAGAAGAAGAACUCUCUAUUGCUAUGGUUUAACUGUUAUCUUUGUCAACAGGUAAUUUAACAGCACCUGUACAUAUCAACAUUUCUUCAUGAAUUCUAGUCAUAUCCUAAUAUGGGUACUUUGAAAUGGAUACUGGUAUCAGUGGGAGGGUAUGAUCAUAGUGCAGAAAUAUCUAGUUGUCACACAUUCUCCAGUUACACCCAUGAGGUACUGCUGUCUUAAACAUUUAGAAAUCUGAGCAAAUACCAAUGUCAGUUCAUUGGCAUUCACAUCCAGCUUGUGUCGUAAUGGCUUAGACUUUCAGUCAAGAACAGUUCACAUUCAAAGAAAUUCUGUGAUUUUCCAUAUUGUGCUACAGCAACUGAUGCCUGUUAUAUACUGCAGGACAGUAGUAUGACAUCUGAUGAUUGUCAUGUGAUAUGACAAUACAUGUAUUACAUAAUGUUAAUAUCUCAUUUAUGUCAUGUUGUGUGACACUUUACACAGCGUUAACACCUCAUUGAUGUCAUGUUGUGUGACAUUUUACACAAUUUAAACACCUUAUUGAUGUCAUGUUGUAUUACAUUUUACACCAUGCAAACACCUGAUCUCUCAUAUUGUAUGACAUUACAUAUUGGACACAUCUAAUGAAAAAAAAUAUGCUAUCAUAUCUGUUAAUGUACUGUAAUCAUCUGAAGAAAAAAUAAUUAAAGAAAAACUCUUUGAGAUUUAUAGCUGUGUUUAUUGACAAUAAUAUUGAUUUCACUCAAAGUUAUCAAACUGCACUCCGUGAUAGUUUACCUUCCUAGGUAUACCUCCAUCUCUUUAAUUACCUGCUGUGUGAUUUCUGUAACUCCUCAGGACACAAAAGUGCCAGAUACAUCUCUGGGAUUCUUUCAUCAAUUUUUAUUUGAAAUUACUUGUGUUAUUUUUUUAACCAUUGAACUUCACCCCCAAACCAUUGAGGAAAAGAAAUCAGAACAGUUGCUGUACCUGUGCACAUGGUGGUCAUUAAAAGAGUAAUUUACUAAAAGGAUAUCACCAGAUUCCCAUCGGCAAGGCCAUAAUGGUGUCAAAUCUCCUCUUAAUAAGUACAAUACUGGGCCUACAGCUAAAACCUAUAUGAAAAUUAGAAGAAAAAAACUUAAAUUACCCCAGCCAGGUAAUGAUUAGUGAGAUGAAUGAUAUAUGUGUAAUGGAGGAACCAGAAUCUAUAUGUACUUUUACAAUAAUUUCUUGUUCAUAACACACUUACUCUUUAUAAUGUCACCUCACUAGUUCACAGUGAUGUCUGUAAAAACUUGACAAUGAUACUAUACAUCUUAACAUCAAUAAGUUUGUCAUCUCCAACAGUAUAGUACAUGUAUUUAUAUAUUAUGUCCUUAUACACAAGUACCUGACAAGUAAAUGUUAACCCUUUGUUUUAUUUAACUGUAUUAUAGAAACCUUACACCUGUACUGUGUUGGUUUUUUCAACCAUCCAUAGUUACUCACAUGGACUCUUCAUUUCCAAACACCAAAGAAUGUAGAAUGAUUAGUACUUAUGAAGAUAAAUGGGGGUGUUCACCUGACAAUUAAUGCAAAAACACAUUACAGAAGGUGAUAAAGUGUUAUUUAAUGAAUCUUAAUUUAUAGACAAUAUUGUAUUUUUUUAUGAUGUUUCAGCUAUAAAUAGCAUUAUGGGUCCUGUACAGGUUGGUAUGCCAGAUUGAAUGAUGAAUGCCUUUUUUUAUUGAGAGAUUGAAAAAAAUUAAGUGAAAGAUAAAUUUGAUUUGCAAAAUCAGC